AAUGGAUAAAACUUACAUCAAAUCGACUAUAGAGGGUCUGAAAUCUACAGCAUCAAGUCGUAUUCAAGACAGUCUUUUGAAGAUAAAAAAUAAUGUUAUUUCAAACGACAGGGGUUUGAAAUUAUUUAGAGAUUGUGGGGGUUUAGAUAAUUUAAUACCACAUCUCCGUAAACCUAACGAAAGAAUUCUUGAUAUAACAUUAAGCAUACUUGGUAAUUGCUGUUUAGACGAAAAAAGUAGUCUUAUGGUUGGUAAAUUGAAUAGUUUUGGCCCAUUAGUAUCUAUAUUGAAGACGGUAUGUAGGGAUAGUAUCUUAGGAAGGACCUGCAGACUAAUGGGGAAUUUAGCACAGAGGUAUUCUAAUGCUGAAGGCUUACACAACCAUGGUGCUGUUGCUGCACUUGUUGCCUUGAUUGAAAGUAGAGACAAAACCACCUCACAUGCUACUUUGACAAUGGCUGUAAGAGCAAUCAGGCAACUAUGGAUGGUAACAGACAAGAGAGAUGAAAUGCUUAGUUUAAAUGCUGUGAGGUGCAUUGUUAUUCUGUUAAUUAUGCAAUGUGAAUCUGUUGGUAUUAUGAAAUCAUCCAACCCUGAAAAAGAAUUGGAAGAGCUAAAAAGAAGCCAAGAAGAACUUAUUACUGGUAUUUUAAAAUGUUUGGGCUAUUUUACUACAUAUGCAAAUCCACAUUGUGCAGAGCAGAUACAAGGUGAUGGUAGGGGUUACCAGUGUCUAGUAGCUCUAACAAAGAGAUAUGAAUCAGUUUCACUAAAAUGUUUAAUAAAUCUUUGUUAUGUUUCAUCCUGUCGCCCACUUUUGGGUACAGCAGGCCUUGUUGAGUGUUUGGUUGGCAUUUUACAAAAACUUUCAGAUGUGGCGUGGUGGCCUGAGGGAGCGGCAAAAGCUCUUGCUCAAUUAAGUGGUGAAUCUGUUAAUAGAUCUCGAUUACGUCAUUGUGGUGGUUUGGCGUUGUUAGUUGCCGCGGCACGCGUUAAUUCGUAUGCCAUGCACGCAUUAUUACAAUAUGUUUUUGAUGACUCAUCAUUUCAGAUUCUCGUUAACGAGGGUCUUAUUAGUUUGCUCACUGAUAAGUUAACUAAUUACCUGAAAACUAUGGACUUUGAACACAACAAUUUAGAAAAAGUCGACGUAGUGUUUGAAACAACAAAAGUAAUGGAAUUAAGAGAAAAAACUAUAGAUUGUACUAAUUCCUUAAAACAAAAUCCUACUGAACAACCAAAUGAUAGCUGCCAUAUAGAAGGAAAAGGUUUAUUAUUGAGACGCAAAGGUCAGUUAGCGUCUAAAAACGGCGAUGAGCUAAAAGUGGUAAUAGAAAGGGACAAUAUGAUAGUUGGAUUUGUGGAUGCUAUUGAUAGUGAUGCCACAGAUGACAGUCAAAGUGAAGAUGAAAAUCAAACAAGGCGUAAAUGUCUUAAAAGAGCUAGAUCGGGUAGUCCUAAAUUUUUAAAAAACAAGUCGCAACUCAUUAAAAUGGCGAGCAGAGAUUGGUCGGCCGGUGUUUAUUGGGAACCAAAAAGUCCUGAAUGGCCAGUUAACUCACAGUCACAAGUUGCUAUGAGUCCGGAUCGAACUGAUCGAAUUCCCUUAUCUCCAUAUUCGGACGGCAAUCGAUCUGGAUUUAGCCCAGAAUACAGAGGAUACUCUUCAAGCAAAAGGGCGCGAUGGGAUUGGAGUCCUGAGUCGAAUACUAGUGCGGGUGAAGGUAGUUCGGCGUCGCCGUAUUGGACUGAGUAUCAGUGGAGUCCAUCUAGUUCGACAAGUCCUACUUCACCAUUUAGUGUCAAUGAAGAUAGUUCCGAUUCUGAGAUCUCGGGCCGGUACUCGCCGGUAUGCAGCGAAGCGGACGGUGAAACCGAGGAUAGAGCGGUUAAUCUGACAACAAGUGAUAAAGUACUCGAAUUUGACGCCACCCAAGUAGCCCAUGAUUUGGACGAGCUCAUUAUGGAUGAUGAUGAAAGUGUUGAUGGAGAAGGGACGUCAGAAGAGGAUCCUAAUAACAUCGAUGUCAACACAAAAUCGUCGAGUAUAGCCUGUGUCCUGGUUUUGCUAUUCCGUGUAUCUCACGGUGCUUGCACGUACGGCAGUAUCCGUGAAGAAGCAGUUCCGAAUCACACGUUAGAUUUGCUUACUGGUCGAGAAUGUCUCAAUGCUUUAUUGGAUUAUGUUGAAAGAUGUAAGAGACCAUUAGGCAGGGCUGCUCGAAUACUCGCCAGAGUAUUAAGCAAUGCUUUGUGUCUAAUGAGUAUAUUAAAACACAGAUUAGCACUUAGAUUACAUAAUAUGUCUAUCAGCUCCAAACACCCGCCAACUAAAUGUCAGCAAUGUAAACAGAUUAUAAGGUUAAGUGUAAAAUUGCUUGCUCAAUUGACUAUACUAGCAGAAUCCAGCUUUGGAAUCGGAGAGAUAAGCUAUCAACUACUUAAAGGUAGCUCAUCCAUGAAACAAACUCUGUCAUUAACACUGCCUUAUAUAGUGAAAACCGAGAAACCUUUAAAGAAGUACUUUAUAGAUUGCAGUGCAUUAAAUCUUUUAUUUAAUAUAAUUUCUGAAUCCAGAGAAGAUAUGCAAGACUGUGUUACAGCUUUGGUUAAAUUAGCGAAUAAUGUACAUAUUAAAGACCCAAAAAUAUUAGAGAACCGAUUUAAAGAUAAAAUAUUUGUUAGUUAUGAUCCAAUACUAGACAAUUUAGCCGUAGAUGAAAUCGUUACUUUCGAAUUAGAUGACUUGUCAAUGGUGAAAGCUAACAAAGUGUUCCUCUGUCAGAACUCUGAUGUAUUUAGCGCAAUGUUAAUGGGUCGUUUCAAAGAGUCACUUCAGAAAUGUGUACGAUUGAAAAAUGUUUCUAAACCGGCCCUAGAGUACCUAUUUACACUUUUACAAUUUGGUUUAAAUAAUCCUAAAAGUGAUGUAGAAAUCUUUCCUAUGGCCGAAAGCUUGGAGACUAACUUGGAAGUGUUGCUGUUGGCUGAUAGAUUUCUAUUUGAAAAACUUAAAGAAUUAUUGAGUAGUGCUAUCUUACAAUUUCAACUAUCACCAGAAACGGCGGAUAGGAUUUAUAUAUGGUCACUGAGUGAGGGCAUGGGAUUUUUAUGUGUUGAAGCAGUGGCAUAUUUGCUUACAGGGAAAAUGUGUGAAUUGCAGCGCACAGAAUGUUUCAGAAAUAUUCUUAGCUUAAAAUAUAAAGACCAAUGGCUUGACGAUAUAAAAUCGAUGAUUAUGAGGCAACUUGUAAAAUAG